CCGCAACACCACCACAGGACAACAACCCCAAGAACCCAAGAAUCAGGCAAAACAAAAAUGUCCUACUACUUCACAAUCCUCUCCCCGACGGACGUCCCCUUGUUCAACAUCGCCUUCGGCACAUCCAAGUCCGGGGGCGACGGGAUCGCCCGUUUCCGAUUCCCGGAUACAGCGCAGUACAUGAACCAGUUUAUUAUCCAUUCGAGUUUGGAUAUUGUUGAGGAGGCGCAGUGGAUGAAUGGGAAUAUGUACUUAAAACACAUCGACACCUACCCCCCCGCAUCAGCAUACAUCUCCGCGUUCUUGACCCCCUCCGGGGCAAGGUUCCUUCUUCUGCAUCAGCCGCCUCAAUUAGCGUCGAAUAGCGGUCAGGGCGCCGGUGGGAGUGGUUCGAUGGGCGGGUCGAUGUCCGGGUCGUUGUUGUUGGGGUCUGCGGGCGGGUCGUCGCGCGCGUCGGCGAGCUCGAUAGCUAAUAAUCCGACGUCGCCGCAGACGGAGGAGGCGGUGCGGCAGUUUAUGACUGAGGUGUAUGAGAAUUAUGUGAAGACGGUGAUGAGUCCGUUUUAUAGGCAGGGGAUGGAGAUUAAGAGUCCCGUGUUUAGGGGGAGGGUUACGGCUGCGGGGAGGAAGUGGUUAUAGGGUUGAGAUGUUUUUGUUGUUGUUGCUGUUGAUUUGUUGUUUAUGGGUUGGUCUUGGUUGGGUUGAGGCGUUUAGUGGUUACUGCUCUCUCUACAUGGUGUUUGGAAGAUACCAGAUUCUAUUCAAU